AGUCGUUCAGAGAGUCCACGGCCGAGCGCGGCCCGAAACCCAGGUCUCCGGGUCGGGGUUUUCUCUCAGUCCUGCCACUCUCAGCCUUGCCUCGCCCCAGGGCCAUCGUUUAGCCCCCACAUUCUCCCUCCUCAGCAACCCGGGGCUGGCCGGACACUUCCCCAAAGUUCCCACGGCGUUCUCCCAGCCGCGCCAGGCCUCCCCGCGCACGCGCACAGCCCUCCCGCGCAGCCGCUCCAGCGGAAGAGCGCACCUCCCAGCGGGCAGGGGAGUCUUCGCCCGAUGCCAAGCAGCUACGGAGAGCCUGGAGGGUGAAUCUGCGAUGGAGUCUGGGCUUCUGGCCAAAAAGACCAGGGCUGAUCAAUGGGCAAAGCUGCCUCUGCCUCCUGACUGGGCGGUACAAAUAAACUGGGCGGAUCCACGGCCACAAGGCUUGGCGCCGUCGGCGUGAACCUCGGUCCUCAGACCCGGCGCAAUGUGGCUCUCGCUGGUGUUGCUGGCGGUGCUGCUGGCGGUCCUCCACAAAGUCUACCGGGAGCUGUUCGCAAGCAGCUCCCCGAACCCCUUCUCCGAGGACGUCAAACGGCCACCCGCGCCCCUGGUGACCGACAAAGAGGUCCGGAAGACGGUUCUCAAACAAGCUUUCUCAGCUAGUCAAAUACCAGAGAAGCUGGAUGUGGUGGUUAUUGGCAGUGGCUUUGGGGGCCUGGCUGCAGCUGCGAUUCUGGCCAAAGCUGGCAAGCGAGUUCUGGUUCUGGAACAACAUACCAAGGCAGGAGGCUGUUGUCAUACCUUUGGACACAAUGGCCUUGAAUUUGACACAGGAAUCCAUUAUAUUGGACGCAUGCAGGAAGGCAGCUUUGGCCGUUUUAUCUUGGACCAGAUCACUGAGGGGCAGCUGGACUGGGAUGGCUUGUCCUCUCCCUUUGACAUCAUGGUACUAGAAGGGCCCAAUGGCCGAAAGGAGUUCCCCAUGUAUAGUGGGGAGAAAGCCUACAUUCAGGGUCUCAAGGAGAAGUUUCCCCAGGAAGAAGCUGCCAUUGACAAGUAUAUGAAGCUGGUUAAGGUGGUGUCCAGGUCAGCCAUUCAUGCCAUCUUGUUGAAGAUCAUUCCGUUGCCCCUGGCUCAGCUCCUCAGCAAGUGUGGGCUGCUCACCCGUUUCUCUCCGUUCCUUCGCGCGUCUACCCAGAGCCUGGCUGAGACCCUGCGGCAGCUGCCGGCCUCCCCAGAGCUCCAGGCGGUGCUCAGCUACAUCUACCCCACCUAUGGCGUGACCCCUGGCCACACCGCCUUUUCCAUGCAUGCUCUGCUAGUUGACCACUACACAGAAGGGGCCUUCUAUCCGCGAGGGGGUUCCAGUGAAAUCGCCUUUCACAUCAUCCCAGUGAUUCAGCGGGCCGGAGGCGCUGUCCUGACAAGGGCCACUGUGCAGAGCGUGUUGCUGGAUGCGGCGGGGAAAGCAUGUGGUGUCAGUGUGAAGAAGGGUCAAGAGCUGGUGAACAUCUAUUGCCCCAUUGUGAUCUCUGACGCUGGACUGUUCAAUACCUACAAGCACUUAUUGCCAGAGAAUGCCCGCUGUCUGCCAGGAACCAGCUUCUUUUGGGGGCUGAGCCUGCAGGAUUACCCUCUUGGGUUUCUUCUGUUCUUUAAACCCCGUGCCCGAAAUCUGAGCGGCAGGUAGAAACAAGCCUCAACGCAGUCAUCUCUGACAGACCAUGUAUUAAACAAAAUAAAUAAAAAGCCUGGUUUUAAGGACGAGGAGGAAGACAUAUUUAUCGUUGGCCCUGGGUAGGUCUGUGCGAGAGGCUUUACCUUUGUCAUUGCAUUUGAUCCUCAUAGCCACUCGGGAGAGGGCCAUCAUCAUCCUAAUGUUUAUGCCUGGGGAAAUGGAGGCUAUGCAAGUGAGGUAACUUGCUGAAAGUGGCAAAGCUGAGAUAAGAAUCCUGGUAUGUCUGACUUGAAAGCCUGGGCUGGUGGCCCCCUCUGGGCUGAGAAGCAUGAGGCUUUCCUAGAAAGGGCCUCACCAAAAGGGACCCUGAGGAACAAAGUGGCUGAGCCAAAGUUAGGUGAGAAAUUAGUGUUCUGAAAUGGACUUUAGGCUAUUGUGUAACUAGAAGCUACUGGAGUGACCUGAGGAAUGGAGGCUGCUGACCAGGAGUGGACUAGUAAUCCAGGUGGGUAAGAGAGCGGGGUCUAGAUAAAGGCAUCUAGCUGGGGCAGGAGCCAGAAAGAAAGGAGCAGCUCAAGAUGCGGUUGGGAUGGAAGCGCACGGAGGAGGAGCCCAGAGAGCAGUGGGAGGAGUCCUCCACCCCAGAGUGGGGGCUGUGGCUGCUCUUUGAGGAGGUGGGGAAGGUGGGCAGCAGAGUGGGUUCAAUGGAAAAGCGAGGUCCUGGAUUUCCUCACAGGGGAGAGAGUGGGUGGCAGUUGUAAUUCUCUAAGGGAUAAGACGUGUGUGCUACUGAAAAGCAGCCUUCUCACUCCUUUGCCUCACUUGGCUGGGCCUCAGCCAGCAUCUGCUGCCAGCGAACCAAAGUCCUCCUCCCUCGGACUGGGUGAGCUGAGUCGGGUGAGGCAGAGACUGCCCAGUGCAGGGCAGCGGGGUGCGGCUGGGUGGACGGGCUGACUUUACCUUUGGUACUGCCUGCCUUCCUCUCUCCUAGGACCUCUGAUCCUUGACACUGUCCUGUGACAGGUCCCAGGGUCCCACCCAGGUCUGCCUUCUCUCCAGGCAGCCACGUUACCUGUUCAGCUUGCCCUCCUUCACUGUACGGUUAUAGCUUUCACUGCUCUUACAUAUAGCUUUCACUGCUCUUACAUAGCUCAGCCCUGAACAAGCUAAUGGCAGCAGUUCCCACCUGGCUGAAGGACCGAUUGCCCCCUUCGAUGGGGAGUUGGGUGCUGCCUCAGAUGACUCCUGGUUUGAGAACAUUUCAGGCAGUGGCAGGGAUGAUGCUUAACUCAGAGACCCCAGUGCUGGGACUUUGUUUCCAGCUGUUUAGGGUGGAGAUUUUCCUAGUGGUACCUCUCAGAGAUGGGAAGCAGCAUUGGCUGGCCUUUGGGAUAGGCAGUGCCAGGUGGAGUCGCAGGUGGAGGUGGGGUAGUCAGGCAGAGGGAGCCUUUGUGAACGGGAGCGCUUUUCUUCAAUCCCAUUGCUGAGCCCUGUGGAGGCGAUGGGAUGGUGUGGAGAGGGAACUUUUUGAGUGGCAAAGACUGGUCUGACAAUAUCAGUAAGAGAAGGCUGGCAUGGAGAAGAAAGGCUUGGUAUACUUGUGUCUUGUUUGGGACU